AUGUUUCCUGCCGAGCCUUUCCGCGCCGUAACAUGUAUUCCGCGAUAUACCGGGAAACACGAAUUCACUUGGCUCUGUUUAACAUGGAGCAAUGGCACUAAUAACCGUCAAAAAAACCUGCCAAACAUCACCGCGGUAGAAUGCUCAAGGAGGGGAAAUUUUGAAAAAGCUCCACAGGUGUCCUUGCCAACCAAACAUCACCGCGGACGAAUGCUCAUCAGGAAGGUAGCAAUAAGCUCAACAUUGACGCGUCUUUGUAUUGCCAAUAACAAACAAGGGCCAGUGUGCUUGAAGAAAAAGGAUUUAAUUUUACUUUGGAAAAUCCGAAUCAGACGAGCAAGCUGUAAUGCCAAGCACAAUCGAGGACGAAUGUUCAAAAACAGGAUU